AUGAGCGGUCAGCCUGCAGACAGCAAAGUGGUGAUUCUCUUUAAGCAAACCGGCGACGCCCCCAUCCUCAAGCAGAACAAAAUCGACGGCCAGGAGCGCUUUGCCAAGCUCGUCGACUUCCUGCGCAAGAAGCUGGGCCGCGACCAAGUGUUUAUGUACCUCAAGGAGGCCUUCUCUCCCAGCCCCGAGGAGCGCAUCGCCACCCUGCACGACGCGUUUGCCGUGGACGGCCGCCUCGUGGUCAAUUACGCCCUCACCCCCGCCUGGGGCUGA